AUGCAGCCUCUCGAUGUAUGCUUUUAUGGACCGCUCAAGACGUAUUUUAACCAAGAGAUUUCUGUCUGGCUUAGAAAUCAUAAAGGAAGAGUGGUGACAGCUCUUCAGAUCAGAUAUUUAUUUAAUCAAGCUUAUGGAAAGACUGCUUCAGUCCAAAAAGUAUGCAAUGGUUUGAAAAACACUGGACUAUGGCUAGUUAAUCCAGAUCACCUUUUUGAACCAGCUGAAACAACAAAUAUGCCAAUAGCUUCCACAGCUGAUAACUCAGACUCAAUCCAGGAUCAGAACCUUCCAUCGUUGCCAAUAGAAGCGGAGGCUGACGAGAUUAUGGCCCAGGAACAGAAUAAGGCCCUGAAUCUUUAUCAAAGCUAUCCACUAUUUCUUGUAAACCAUCUACUUCAUCGGAUUCUUUAG